CCCCAUUCCCCAAAUCAUUCGCCUCCCCCAAAUCCGGCGAGCCGAAACGGCAAAACCCCACCUAAAACCUCGCCAGCCCCCGCCACCACCGGCGACGGCGACGGCGACCAUGCGCCGUCAUCUCGACCUGCUCCCCCGCCUCCUCCUCCGCCGCCACGUCCACCGCCGCGCCAGGCCCGGGGCCUCGCCGCCCCCGCCCCCGCCGCCCAACCCGCCGCGCCCGCCGCAGAAGCCCGAGCCCGUCACCAUCCACGGUGAGACGUGGCACGACAGCUACGCCUGGAUGGGCUCGCUCUCCGACGCCGCCGCCAUGCGCCACAUGGACGUCCACAUGGAGGCCGAGGAGAAGUACGCCGAGGCCUGCCUCGCCGCCGCAGGCGCCGACCGCCUCGCCCGCAAGCUCCAGCUCGAGAUGGCCUCCCGCCUCGCCUCCGACGCCUGCACGCCGCCCGCCCGCUGGGGCCCCUGGCUCUACUACCGCCGCGCGGACGAGGGCAAGCAGUACCCCGUGCUCUGUCGCCGCUCCGCCGCUCUCCAUGGGGAGUUCGUCUCCUACAGCGACCCCUCCGCGGGGUUCGACUUCACCGCUGGGAAGCGCAUCGAACAGAAAUUGGUGGAUUACAACAAGGAGGCCGAGCGAUUCGGAGGAUACUCAUAUGAGGAGCUAUCUGAAGUUUCUCCAGAUCACCGCUUCAUUGCGUACACCAUGUAUGACAAAGAUAAGGAUUCUUUCACUUUAAUGAUCAGGGAUCUGGUGACGGGCACACUAUGCGAUAAACCUCGUGCUGAUCGGGUCUCAAAUAUUUCGUGGGCUAUGGAUGGGAAAGCACUGGUUUAUAUUGUUACAAAUGAGGACAGAAGACCAUAUAGGCUGUUUUGCAGCAUUAUUGGAUCGAACAAGGAUGAUAUUCUUAUGUUGGAAGAACCUGAUGAGAAUAUUUAUUUGAAUAUCAGACAUACCAAGGAUUUUCGGUUUAUAACGUUAAAUGUCUUUUCAGACACGCACUCAAAGGUAUAUUUAAUAAGGGCUUCUGACCCCUUGUCCAGAAUGACACUGGUAUGGGAAGGUGAAUCCCAAGUUCAUUGCAUUGUGGAGCAUCAUCAUGGACACCUGUAUUUAUUCACAGAUGCUGCAAGAGAAGGUGUCUGUGUUAAUUCACAUUACCUAAUGCAGUGUGAUGUGGAAUCUCCUGGGCCAAAGAGUUGGAAGAAUGUUUUCCUUGAGGAACCAGGUAUUAUUCUUGAAGAUGUUGACUUUUGCAAUACUCAUAUGGUGCUUAUUCUGAGACAAGGCAGAAAACUCAGACUUUGUUCAGUCAAUCUGCCUCUACCUGAAAAUAUCCAAGUACCUGCUCAUCUAUCAGAUUUUCACCCACUUGACUUGCCUCUUCCCGAUCAUGUGUGCCAGAUUUUAUCUGGCCCAAAUUAUGACUACUAUUCUUCAACAAUGCGUUUCACAAUAUCAUCACCUGUGAUGCCAGAUGCAGUUGUUGAUUACAACUUACUAAAUGGAAAGUGGCAAAUAGUGCAACAGCAAAACAUGCUUCAUGAGAGAACAAAGGUACUGUAUGGGAAUGCUUUUGCUUCUAGUGCGGGCAAGCUGUCUUCAGAUGGAGCUGAUUUGUCAAGUGAAGAUUUGGGAGAUUGUGACUGGAAUGAGCUCUCUGAAUACUAUGCAUGUGAGUACUAUGAUGUUCCAUCGAAGGACGGAGUUUUGGUUCCACUCACCUUGGUAUAUUCACGAAAGCACAAGCAAGAAGGGAAUCCAGGAUUGCUUCAUGGGCAUGGUGCCUAUGGUGAGAUUCUGGAUAAGCGUUGGCGUAGUGAGUUAAAGAGCCUACUCGAUCGUGGUUGGGUGAUUGCAUAUGCUGAUGUUAGGGGUGGUGGAGGUUAUGGCAAGGAGUGGCACUGGGAUGGUGCACGUACCAAAAAGAUGAAUUCUAUAUAUGAUUUUGUCUCUUGUGGUGAAUUUCUUCUUGAAAAAGGUAUCAUACAAGAAAAUAAGCUUGCUGGAUGGGGAUACAGUGCUGGAGGACUUCUGGUGGCUUCGGCAAUCAAUACUCGUCCAGAUUUGUUCCGUGCCGCUGUUUUAAAGGUCCCUUUCUUGGAUGUUUGCAACACUCUGCUCCAUCCUAUUCUACCUCUUACAGCCAUUGAUUAUGAGGAGUUUGGGUUUCCUGUGGACCAUGAAGAAUUCCUUUCAAUCAAGAAGUAUUCUCCCUAUGAUAAUAUCCAGAAGGAUGUUCCUUACCCUGCUGUGUUUGUGACAUCAUCAUUUAAUACAAGGUUUGGUGUAUGGGAAGCAGCUAAAUGGGUUGCAAAAGUCCGUGAACUUACUCAAUAUGAUCCGGAGCGACCUGUAAUUCUCAACUUGACAACAGAUGUUGUGGAAGAAAGCAAGUAUUUGGAAACCAAGGAAUUAGCAACGGAGACUGCUUUCUUAAUUAAAAUGGUGAACAAUACCUGAACAACAUCCUUUGCCUUUCGGCUUCCGAAAUUGUUUCUCAAACUCAAUGAUGUGGCCCAUGUGCUAUGUCGCCAGUCCUCCAUGUUUGAUGAGAUCUGAGGAUUAGUCCAUCAAUUGGAGCUUAUACGAGAUGUCCUUGGAAAUCAUAUGCACAUAUUCCUACAUUAUAUGAGAUAGCUGCCCACUCAAGCUAUCUUAAAUGGCCUGAUCUCUUGCCACCACUGACCUGGUCUCCCACGGUUCUACCAAUUGUAUGGUGUUAAAAUUGGAUCAUCUCAGUUGAACCGUAUCAACGAAACAAGUAUUGUUAUCUCCCCUCCUUCUCAAUCAUGGAAUUGACAUCAUAUGCCAUGAAUUAGAGGUGGAACACGCUGUCAUCUACUAAUUGGCACAUCAAGUUAAAUUAGACCAAGAUACUCAUAUUGUACAUGGAAAGCUGAUACUAUACUAAACCUGAUGCUAGGUAGUGCAAACUCGAUUCUUCAUGGCCUCGGAGAUGUACUGCUGCUGUAUAGUAGACGUGCACUACGACAGUGAGACCAGAACAUACAUGUCUUAGCAGCGGAAGCGCCAAAUCAUUCUUUCAUCCUUCCACUGAAAUUCAAAUUCUCACAGCUUAUGAACGCCUGUAGCAAAGUAAGGAAUGAACAAAGUGAACUUGGUGUGAUAAUCAGGGAGGGUGGAACAGUUGGAUGACCAUGUAUACCAAAAGUUUUUUCGAUGUGGGAAUUUCUACCAAUGAGAAGCUGGAAAGAUGUCAAUAGGCAUGAAGCACUGAUCAUGGUGGAUUCAGUUGGAGAGAGAUUACAUCUGGUUUUAAUUUUUGUAGCUUUUUGCACUGGUGUUGUUGUUGCUCUGUAUAAACUAAAUUUCUAUCCGGUGCAAUUCGUAUUAGACGCGGUUGACACCUUGCAGGCUCGAUGACAAUUGUCCAUAUGUUCGUACAGUACCAUUCAGAACAGGAAAAAAAAGCUGAGAAUUCAGGAGUUGUGAUGUGAACGAUGUCUCUGAUAUCUAUUUCUGGCAAUUGGUAUAUUACCUUCUGAUAAGGUCAA